AUGCAUCCCAGCGCUCUAGUCGGCCUCUUGGCCUUCGCCGCGGCGACCCAAGCCGUCCCCACAAACCCUAAGCAGGCACACUCUUCUUCUUCAAUCUCCAACCUCAAGUCUAAGAUUAAGAAUGUCGUCGUCCUCUGCAUGGAGAACCGGUCCCUCGACAACCUCCUCGGUGGUCAAACCCACAAGGGCCUCGAGAACCCCAUCAACAACGGCCCAUACUGCAACCCCUACAAUGUGACUGACCCCUCGCAGGGACACCACUGCACUGAGGCACGGGACUACAACUCCGUCACUGAUGAUCCCAGCCACGCUGUGACUGGUAACACUAUGGAGUUCUACAGCAACUGGUCGCCUGAUAACAAGCUCAUUGCUGAGGGCAAGUUGUUGCCCAACAACAACGGUUUCAUCCAUGAGCAGAUUAACAACUAUGGUGAAGAUGCGAACAAGACUGUUCUUGCUAAGCAGGUUAUGAACUAUUAUACCGAGGCUGAGGUGCCGGUCCUUACUUCUUUGGUUGAGAACUUCUUGACUUUCAACCACUGGCACUCUGACGUUGCGGGUCCUACCGAUCCUAACCGUUUUGCUCUUGUUGCUGGUACAUCUGCCGGUCACGGUUCAAACGACGACUCUUUUGGCACUUACGCUUUCACCCAGCGCUCCAUCUUCCAGCAGCUCGGCGAGACCAACCACACCUGGUUGAACUACUGGGACACAGCCGGCGGCACUGGUCCCGAGGCACAGUGGUUCGAAUGGACAAAGGAGACAAGCAACGAAGACAAGGUCGUCCCCAUGACACAAUUCUACACCGACGCUGAAUCCGGUGUUCUGCCUGAAUUCUCCUACCUGAACCCUUCGUGCUGUGGUGUCGGCACAACAUCCAUGCACGACAGCGGUCUGAUCUCAGACGGCGAGGCAUUUAUCAAGCGGGUCUAUGAUUCGCUCCGCAGCGGACCUCAGUGGAACGAGACCCUGUUCGUCUUGACCUUCGAUGAGACGGGUGGAUUCCACGAUCACGUUCCUCCUCCACUUGCGCCCCGUCCGGAUAAUCUCACCUACACUGAGACUGCUCCUAACGGAGAGAGCUAUACUUAUGAGUUCAACCGUCUCGGUGGACGUAUUCCUACUUUCUUGAUCUCGCCUUGGAUCUCCAAGGGCGUUGUUGAGCAGAAGGGAACUAAUAACCGGGGCAAGACUGUUUCGUACUCUGCUUCCUCGGUUUUGAGGACUCUGGGCUACCUUUGGGACUUCGCUCCUUUCAACCCCCGUGUUGAUGGAGCUGCUUCGUUCGAUCAUUUGAUUCAGAGCACCCCGCGCAAGGAUGUGCCUACUGCCCUUCCUAGUGCCAUCACGUUUUGA